CCACCACCUCUAAUAAUAUUGAUACACUACUUUCAAUCUUCUAUUCUCUCUCUAACUCUCCCUGUGGUCGAUGGCCCAAGCAACCCAGGCCAAGGCAUCCGAAGCCGUCCCCGCGGCGGAGUUUGUCGUCGCCGAGGCUCCGUCUGAGUCGGAACCCAAGGAGCCUGCGGCCGAGGAAAAGAAGCCCGAGGCUGACGAGAAGAAAACCGAGGCCCAGGAGGUGGCAUCGCCCGCUGACGAGGCUCCCGCUGAGUCGGAACCCAAGGAGCCUGCGGCCGAGGAGAUGAAGUCCGAGGCUAAGGAGAAGAAAAACGAGGUCCAGGAGGUGGCAUCGCCCGCUGACGAGACUGCCGCCCCCGACGUCGAUCCCCAGAAGAAGGCUCUCGACGAGCUGAAGGAGCUCGUGCAGGCCGCCCUCGCUAACAACGAGUUCAACCCCCCUCCACCUCCCCCGCCUCCGCCCACGGCCCCAGCGGAGGAGCCGGAAGCCGCGCCGGCAGAAGCCCCCGCCCCUGCUUCCGUGGAGGAGAGGAAGCCGACUUCGGAAGAGCUCCCGAAGACGUCCGAGGCCGCUCCUGCAUCGGUUGAGGGACCUCUGAAUCCGGAAGUGGUGGAGCAGCCCGCUGCACCGGUAAAGGAGGAACCUUUGCCUGCCCCUGCGCAGCCGGCGGAGGAGAAGGCUGCCGAGGUUGACGACGACGGCGCCAAGACGGUGAAAGCCAUCGAGGAAACCUUCGUCCCCGUGGCCGCUCCCCCUCCGGCAGCCGAGGAGGUUCCUCCUGCUGCAGAGGACUCAGCGAAGGAACCGCCUGAGGAGGACCCUGCUCCGGCACCGGCGGCUCCACCAGAGGAGGUAUUCAUAUGGGGGAUCCCUCUCGUGGGCGACGACAAGAGCGACACCAUCCUCCUCAAAUUCCUCCAAGCUCGCGACUUCAAGGUGAAGGACGCCCUGGCCAUGCUUAAGGACGCCGUCAUCUGGAGGAAGCAGUUCGGCAUCGAGGCGCUCCUGGAGGAGGACGUCGGCCUGCCGGAGCUGGACAAGGUCGUGUACAUGCAUGGCGUCGACAAGGAGGGCCAUCCCGUGUGCUACAACGUCUACGGUGAGUUCCACGACAAGGAGCUCUACGAGAAGACAUUCGGCGACGCGGACAAGCGGCGCAAGUUCCUCAAGUGGAGGAUCCAGUACCUCGAGAAGGGGAUCAGGGAGAAGCUGGACUUCACUCCUGGUGGCAUCUCCUCCAUGGUUCAGGUGACAGAUCUCAAGAACUCGCCACGGAUCGGGAAGCAUCGGCAGGUCACGAAGCAAGCCGUCACUCUGCUCCAGGACAACUACCCCGAGUUCAUCGCCAAGAAGGUGUUCAUCAAUGUUCCAUGGUGGUAUUUGGCUGUCAACCGGAUGAUGAGCCCAUUCUUCACACAGAGGACCAAGAGCAAGUUUGUCUUCGCCGGACCAUCCAGAUCUGCAGAGACCCUGUUCAAAUACAUAGCACCUGAGCAAGUUCCGGUUGCACUCGGCGGUCUUAGCAAGGACGAUGACCGCGAUUUCACCGCUGCUGAUGCUGCUACGGAUGUCAGCAUCAAACCUUCAUCCAAGCAAACCAUAGAAAUGCCAGCCACCGAGGCAUGCGUUCUCGUGUGGGAACUCCGAGUGCUGGGAUGGGAGGUUAGCUACGGUGCCGAGUUCACCCCGAGCGCGGAGGACGGGUACACGGUGAUCGUGCACAAGACCAGGAAGUUGGCCGCCGUCGAUGAGCCCGUGAUCAAAGGCUCCUUCAAGAUUGGGGAGCCCGGCAAGGUGGUUCUCAGCAUCGACAACCCCACGUCCAAGAAGAAGUUGCUCCUUUACCGACACAAGGUGAAGAGCUGCAGCGAAUCCAACUGAUGUAGGUGGCAGAAACGAGAGGAACACAUCAUGAAGGACUGCCUUUGUUUCGGUGAUCCUACUCGUGGUUGAUUGGUUUGCUUGUUCUGGUUUUGUUCACUGGAUCUCGAGGGAUUGUGUCACCUAUCAUUCGCAUGUAAAUGUUCUGUACAUGGUCUUCCGUGGAGUUCCUGAAGUCACGUGGGUUUGCAUUUUGGCAAGGUUUUCUUAUAAGAAUCACCGUCUUCCCUUGUGUUUCCAGCUUA